AUUUGUGUCUUGUUUCGUUUUAACAUUUCAUUCAUCAAGCUUGUUACCGUUGAACGGAUCAAAGUUUCUUAGGGUCAACGAAUCAACCAUCAAAUUCCGUCUUCCCAAUGGAAGAAUCGGAGAACAAUUGAUGAAACCAUAGACAAAGAUCAAAAGCCCUUUCAAUGGCGUCACUAGCAACGCAUCUCUCCUCCUCCCUCUUCCUCGUUCCCAUCGGCGUUCGUCGGCUCCUCUGUUCGUCCUCCAUCUACCUCAAAAACCCAUCUCUUUACCGAUCAAAAACCUGGUACUUAUCAGAACCCAAAUGGAAAAAUUUCGAUUUAUAUUCACUCAUCCUCCUCCUCCCCAUCGCCGCCUUCUCUGAAAUUUUCCUUUUCCUUGCAUUUUCCGGAAACCCCACUUACAGAUUCGCUUUCUCCCAACAAUCAGUGGCCAUUUUCUUGUUCUGGGCACUCGCCAUUCUCAUCAUUUUGAGGGAAAAUGUCGACCCUCUUCUUGUAAGUGAGAGUUGCAUCUUCGUUUUUGCUGGAAUCGCUUUUCUUAUUGAGUAUUCUGUAAUUGGCAAAGGGAUUACUGGUCUUGGUGGUGCUUUUUAUCAAAUCUCUGGAGGAUUAACCCUUCUUUGUGCUUGUUGCUGCUUGUAUUUGUCUAUGAAACCAUCUGCAUUUUUCGCCGAAUUUCUACUUUCCUCUGGUUUAACGUUUAAGGGUACAUGGCUGUUUCAAGUUGGGUUGUCUUUGUAUACCAAUGCAUUUGCUUUGAAGGGUUGUCGUGCAAUGUUAGUCUUGCCUGCUACUGGAGAUGCUUUUGUACAUUGUGAGCUUGAGGAAGAUGGUCUACGGGGCAUUGCUUUGAUGAAUUUAAUUUUCAUUGGCCAUGCUGUUUUAGUUUUGAUCUUGGGUUUAGGUUUGAUUUGCUUAUUGUCAAGCAACAGGAAGUUUCGGUUCGGCGAGGGGAAUGGCCCAUUGUUGGCUGAGCUUGGACCAGAGACGAUGCUGAUUCGCUCAUCCCCCGAGAUUGAAAUGGAGUGAAGUUGAUCAUAAUUUUGGCGGGCAGUUUAGUAUGAAGAAAAUCUUCAUCUCGCUAUGGGCAUGUAAUGAUGGCCUCUAAUGGAUAGCUGCAAUUGGUUCUGCUGUGUUACUUUUGUUUCCAAAAAUGCAUGUUGUUGCUUAAGGUUUGAUGUGAGGAACAUUAAGGUGUUCCUCAACAACUGUAUUGGUAAAUAUGAAUUUAAAAGGUUAGAUUAUUUUUGGCAUAUGGACCAGACUUCCUUGGUAGCCUCUAAUCACUGGUGGUUGCGGCUGGGCUGGUAUCUUCUAACACUAUGUUUUCCUUGGAAUUUGUAUCAUUCAUUAUUUUUUCCCUUCUCACCAUAUACAUAAACAAUUGUCUGUAUACUGUGUAGCCAAGUGUAGAGCGGAUAACUUUAUCCAAUAUUAGUUUACUUGGUACUAGCAGCUUUAUCUCCGAAUUUCCCAUCUCAGUAGGAACUUUCUAAAGAAAUAGCUUAGUAGCCACACAAGCUGUGUAUGAGUAUGAUUUUAGGCAUGAUGCAUUCCCUUUGGCUAAAUGUCACGAAUGGAAAGUAGAGAAUAGGUGGUAUAACCAAUUCAGUAUGUUGUCUUUGUUGUAGAAGGAAAUUUGACCUAAUCUUGUUCCAUAUCCAAAGUUUGCAUCUCUCAUUUCAUCCAAAUAGUUUGAUUUGAGCAGACAUGGCCCUGAUUUGUCGCUGCAUCGACUGUGCUAGCCAAUGUUUUAUAACUAUAAACAGUGUUUUGAGUUGCGAAUAUUAUUUCUGGAAUUCAUUUCCAAAAGUAGAAUAAAAAAUAUCUUGUACUUCUCAAAGUUGUGUGUUUGAUGAGAAACUCGAUUGAUCAAAAUCAGUGUGGCUGAUCAUGCUAACUAACAGAAUAAUAGUAAAGAUCAAAAUCAAAGUUGUGUGUUUGUAAUGCUUUUCUGAGUUCGUUGUCUGUAAAGUUAUGGGGGUAGUUUCAACUGUGAUAGACUCCUUUCGAACUCCCCAUAGUUCUAUAUUUCUUUGAUGCGUUGAUGGUGUUUCAUUUCUUGGUGUUCACAUACUGCGUUUUAUGUAGACUUCUGGUAAUAAAAUUUGUUCGUUGCAUACUUCAGUUGGCAUUUUUUUCUGUCAAAGAUCAGAUGAGGAACAAGUAACCAAACUUC